ACGCAGCAGCAGCAGCAGCAACUCAGCCAGAAAGAGCAAGGCACGCGCGCGUGUGGUGCUGCUGCGCAGGGUGUAGAAAGCGAACGGACGAAGAGAGCGAGAGAGGCAAAACGAGAGAGAGAGUAGAGGGGGGAGAGGGGGAGGGAGUGGAGAGGAGGGGGGGCUAAUCUGCAGUUGAAGCAAAGCCUUAUGGGAUUACAUCAGCCUCUUGUUCCACAGCCAGUAAGGAAGGAUGUGAGAGGGAGGGAUUGUUUAAGUGAUGUUUUUCACUGCUUAACUUUUUUAAUUCCACCUCCCUCCCCCCAAUCCCUGCCGACCGGCACACACAGAGUUUGUCGCCGGGAGGUCUCUGGCUGCUGCUCUCUCAGUCUUGCCAUCACCACCAUCACCACUAGCAGCAGCAGCAGCGGCAACAGCUUACACACAUAGUGGGGUUAGGGAGGGGGGGAUGGUUGUGAAACAGUUUAAAGUAUAUGGUGUUUAAAAAAAACCAAAGGCAUAUUCCAAGUCGGAGUACAUCAAACUGUGGCCGACUGCCUCGGUGCUUUAAUGUUGGCUACAAAGUUGUGGGGUCCAAUUGUUGUUAUUGUUUGCUGCGUGUGUUGUUUUAACUGCGAGAAGAUCGUAUAUACAACAACAACCAAAACAAACACCCUCCCCAUCGCGAGAAAAAGACGCGACUUGUUGUCAAGUUAUUAACAGAUUCUCCACCAAAGUAAGGCUGAGUGCGGCAUGGAUUACAGCCACAGCCCAGUGCCGGGCUCCCUGCCGGGGUACAUGCACCUCCCCAACAGCCAGCCCAUGGGCGGCGGGGGCGGCGGUGGCGCGCCAGCUUCGGUGCACGCGGUCCACAGCAGCCCCGCCAUGCCUCCGCACCACUCCAUGCACAUGAACCGAGGAGUGGGGAUGAUGCAGAACGUGCCGGGGAUGCACGGCGCCCACAUGAACUCUGCCUGCCCGCCAACCCCUCCGCACAACCACUCCGAGGCCAAGAUGAGGCUCAAAGCUUGCCUGAGUCAGCAGCAGCCGCCUCCGCACCUGCCAAACGGAACCAUGGGAAUGAUGGCACCGGGCAUGGCCGUGUGUGGGCAAACACAGCCUCUACAUCACCAGCCCCACGUGGCUCAUCCUGCCCAGCACCACCACCACCCGCACCACAACCACCACCACCACCAACCUCCGCACCUCCCCCAUCACCAGCAGCAGCACCACCACCACCAGCAGCAGCAGCAGCACCACCAUCAUCACAACCCCCACCACCAGCAGCACGGGCCCACGAUGCAGCAGCUGCCACUCGUGGCGACGCCGCAGCCUGGCGGCGGCGGCGGCGGCGGCGGGCGGAGACGGAGGGCCCUGGACGAGGACCCCGACGAGAGGAGACGCAAGUUCCUCGAGCGCAACCGCGCCGCCGCCACUCGCUGCCGCCUCAAGCGCAAGGCGUGGGUGGGCUCGCUGGAGAAGAAGGCCGAGGAGCUGACGCAGACCAACAUGCAGCUGCAGAACGAGGUGGCCCUGUUAAGAAAUGAGGUUUCCCAGCUGAAGCAGCUGUUGAUGGCGCACAAGGACUGUCCUGUCAGUAACAUGAAAAAAGCACAGGGCUAUCACGAAGACGAAAGCCCCACGGAGGAGCAGGCGAGUUGCUCGCAGCAGCAGGUGAUUCAGCACGUGUCCUCCAACUCCCUGUCCUCCGCGUUGACGCAGCUCGGCAACCCCAGGACAGAGCUGGCUCGCAUCGGCCAAUCGCAGCUCGGCAUGAGCGUCGUUUCGCAGGGCAUGACCCUGACCAGCUGACUCGGGCCUGCCUCUGUUGAUUUGCCCUUCGAGUAAGCGACCAAGCGGUGCGGAAAGAACCGUAGGCAACGAUUUUAUAUUGAAAAGAAAAUUAAGUUUAUAUUAAUGUACGUGCGUGAACGCAUAUAGUAUAUCACACAUACGCACGCACGCGCACAAGCUGCAAAAACGAUAAACGGCUGGCCAUUCGCCGCCAUGCCACUGUGGCGUCGCCACGGCGUUCGUGCCAGGCUAAGUGCACUUCGGAGGCCCUCACGUGAAUUGUUGAAGACUCGUCGGCAGGAGGUCAAUGGACAGGCCCGCGUGUUGUGGGUCGACCGACGUGCCAGGCUAGGUGUGGAGUUGGUUGUGUUAAUGGUUUGACCGACUGCGGCGACUGGUACAUGUGCUCCCCCGUGUGCCACACAGUAUAUACACUGUGUGUACAUACAUGUGUGCAGUGGUUGGUUCACGUGACCCCCUCCCUCACCAAGCACCACCCUGCAGCCACUCGUGGCCGCUACCAUUCAACGUAACAAUCACUUAAAUCAGAAUCUGUAUUUAUGGUGGACGAAUCUAAUGAACUACCAAGCUCUUUCUCACACAUGUCCACAGUUGGGGGUGGGUCAGAAAGUUACAAACAAUUAAAAAAAACCGAUAGAGAUGAAAAGUAUAGAAAAAGGUAAGCAAAUGACUAAAAAUAAAUACGUAAAAUAGAUAAAGUGUACAAGUUCAAAUUGCAUAAGAACACCGAUACCCAAGGUUGCGCAAGGCAGCAACAUCACAGCAAAGCAGUCCCAGACCAAACCAAGACGGACACACAGUAGACGACCCUCAAUGGAGUUGCUUGUUAAAAAAAUGUAACUCUCGCUACCAUGGAUUAAUGACGUCGCUCGCACAACGCAAAAAAACACAAACGUUCAAAUUGCACUUGACACUGGAUUUUUUUGUUUAUUUUAUUUUGAAAAUGUCGCAGAAAGGGCCCAGCCGGCUACGACGGCGUGUCCAUUCCACCCAGGCAAAGUGCCCCAAAGCUUCGCUCGCGAAAGUUGUCUCAACGGAAUAAGUCGUCGUGAUGAACGCGCCCCGACGUUAUUGUUACGAUUCGCGUUUGAUUUUUUGGGUCCGAUCACGCCGCGUGCCGGAUAGUGUGUGUGUGUGUGAUACAUGUUCCUCCCACCCCGACACAGCCAAUUAACCCUUUCCCUCCGCCGUUCCGAGACUGUCUGCAAGUUGCAGCGUGGGCGAGGGGGGGGGGGGUCCUCGUUCACCGCUGAAUCUCGGAACGCGCGAGCGGUUAAGCGUUAAUUUUAUUUGGAGCAGCAGCGUGGCGUGGUUUUUACAGACGUUGUACUGUACUCACCGCACAGAACCGCAGCGACACGACCGCAGCACUAUACGAUAGCUGGCGACACAACUGUGCCAAACUGUCUCCCCCCCCCCCCCCCCCGCAUGGCCUUGUGGGAGCAUCGGUACCAAUAAAGUUUUCGUUUCCCCCCCCCCCCAACCAAUGUCGUUUCUAUGACGUACACGUACGUGAAGGGGUUAAGUCGGGGGAGCAUCGGUACCAAUAAAGUUUUCGUUUCGCCCCCCCCAUCCCCCAAUGUCGUUUCUAUGACGUACACGUAACGUGAACACAAGUGCCAAUGUAUUGCCGCUGUGGAUCGUGCUCCCAACGCCCAUCAACUUUGCUGCCAACGCCCAACUAUUAAGUGCGGCACUUUCAACUCACGUCGACGACUUUUAUUUAAAAUCGGCUGUGGUCAGCCGGGUGGAGGAGGGUGUGACAACACAGUGCUUGCGCGAACCGACCCAAAGGUUUGGCGACGGAAUCGUAAUAUUGGUCACGAAAGCUCGCGCGUUAAAUUUGUCUAUUUUUGGUGGUUUAUUUUUUAGCACUUUUUUUACCGUGUUAUAUUUUAGGACUCUAUGGUACUCUGGUAUACGGAUCGUAACUCUUAUACGGCUGAGAGGCAUUAGUGAUAAACUAUGAAGAAAACCAUAGUUGACAUGCAAUAGAUUCAUUUGUGCGAGUUGGACUUUUAGCUUUUAUACCCUUGCUCAUGGUAUAAACUCUUGAACUAUCGCUCUGUACACACGGUGAACUCUUGAUUAACUGGGGAAUGGAUGGGCCCAAAGAUAUAGAAAAAAAAUAACACAGAUAAUGCAAAACUUGUGUAAAUCCGACUAUACAAAAACGCACUUAGUGAGGAAAAAAAGUUUUUGAUCCCCUGCUGAUUUUGUACGUUUGCCCACUGACAAAGAAAUGAUCAGUCUAUAAUUUUAAUGGUAUGUUUAUUUGAACAGUGAGAGACAGAAUAACA